AUGCCGAACCAAGAUUCCAAUGAUAAACAUAAUGACAAUAAGAAGAAGACUAAUUGGUACUCUUCCAUGCCCUCCUUUCAAGCGUUCAAGGAGAUUACCAACGAUGCCUACUAUCGGACAGCGCCAGACGAUUGGCACGUGGUAAUUACCGAUGUCAAGGGCAGCACCAAAGCCAUUGAGGAAGGACGGUACAAAGAUGUCAAUACCAUUGGAGCUGCUUCUAUUUCCACCGUCAAGACACUGCUGGAACACGACAAUUUCCCCUAUGUAUUUGGUGGCGAUGGAGCCACCAUGAUGGUCCCUCCCGACGAUAUUGACCGUGUGCUUCAAGCGCUGCUCAAAUUGCAACGGUUAUCCGAACGGACGUUUGAUCUGGGUCUUCGCGUAGGACACAUUUCCGUCCGGGAGGUACAUCAUCAUCAAGCCAAUACUACUAGUAGUAGUAGAAAGACCAUUCAAGUCGCCAAACACGAAUUGACCGCGGGAAAGUGUGUGGCCGUCUUUCGCGGGGGUGGUUUGACCGUAGCAGAAUCCAAAAUCAAGGGAGAAGAAGACAAGUACUGUGUCGUACAUCCACCCAACAACAAGAAACGAGACAAUACCUUUUUCGAAUUGAGUGGAUUGUCCUGUCGAUGGAAUCCCGUACCCAGCAAACGGGGCAAAAUCAUGUCCUUGCUCGUUCUGGCGCGGGAAGACGACCACAAUAUCAACAACAAUAACGCAAUCUACAAUCACGUCUUGUCCGAAUUGGACCAAAUCUACAAUGGCGAAUUGGAAACAGAAAACCCCGUGCAUACGGAACUCAUGACCUACAGGACGGUAUUGGAGAAUAUUCGCAAUGAACGGCGAUUCUAUCUCCACAACAGCGCCAGCCAGAAUCCUGUGGCUUUUCUCAAGCGGCUUUCCGAGAUUGUCUAUGCCGGAUCUGUUUUUCGCAGCACUACUACUAGUAGUAGCACUAAAAAACCAAAACAACUGGCUCCUUGGGCGGCCCACUACAAGGCAUCCAUGAGAGAUCAUGCCGAUCAUCGCAAAUUCGAUGACAUGUUGAGAAUGAUCAUUGAUUGCAGUGACGAACAGGCCACUCGCAUUGAAUCCAUCUUGGAAGGGAUGCGAAGGGACGACAAGAUUUACUAUGGCAUAUUCAAGUCCGAUACGGCCCUCAUGACGUGCUAUGUGGAGGAUCUUUCCGAUGGUCAUCACAUUCAUUUUGUGGAUGGCGGUGAUGGGGGCUACGCCAUGGCGGCCAAACAACUCAAGGCACAGCUCAAAGAGCAAUAA